CAUAUUUUCAGCGCGUGGCGCCCUCCGGCGGCAGCGCUCCUUCAAUGCGAGGGCCUGACUCUUAACACCGCCCAUGGAGCCGCAGGCAGAGGCGCGAACGCUCGGGGAGUCUGCGCCUCGGCCUUCUGGCGCCUCGGGGUCACCGACGCCGGACCAAGAGGAGCGGACCGAGGUCGGCGCACCGCUGGCGGCGACUCCCGCGGACGCACUGGGGGACAGCACGAAUGCAGACGGGCUGUGGGGGCUGCCGGUGGAGCACGCGGAGCGCAGGCCCGAGUGCAGCCGCUGCAGCCGGCCCCAGAAAGUGUGCUUAUGUCCAUAUCUCCCAGUGCGCCCACUCCAGAUCUCUACCCAUCUGUACAUAAUCCAGCAUCCAGCAGAGGAAAGCAAAGUGCUGCGCACAGUCCCUCUUCUGGCAGCAUGCCUUCCCCCUGGCAGGUGCACAGUCAAGGUCGGCCGCCGCUUCAGUGAGGAGAGAGAUGUUGAACUUUCAACUGUUUGCCGGGACUCUGGUACAUUAAUAUUAUACCCAGGGGCUGAAGCUACUAAUUUGGAAGAGUUUAUAUUAGAUUCUCCUGUGUAUCCUUCCACAAUCAUCCUCAUUGAUGGUACAUGGAGCCAGGCUAAGGACAUUUUCUAUAAGAAUUCCUUGUUCCGACUUCCCAAACAGGUGCAGUUAAAAACUAGUGUUUGUAGUCAGUAUGUAAUUCGGAUGCAACCAACAAACAGGUGCCUUUCUACCCUGGAGUGUGCUGCUGUUGCUCUAUCCAUCUUGGAGAAAAACAAUUGCAUACAAGAGACUCUGCUUCGCCCUCUUCAAGCUCUGUGCUCUUUCCAGCUUCAGCAUGGUGCUCAGAUCCGCCUCAGCAAGGAAUAUCUUCUGAAAAAUGGAUUAUAUCCCAAGCCAAUGCCAAAGAACAAACGCAAGCUCAGGAAGAUGGAGCUGUUAAUGAACAGUGUCAAAAUUUAGCACAGCUGGCCCCGUGGUGCUAGUUUACCUGUCAUUGGCUGACAAGACUGUUCCAUCUUCCCAGUUUAGGUUUUCACUCUGAAGAAGGAAUGUCUGCCCACUCUUGUGCUGAGGGAAGUGGUCUGCUGCACAGUCUUCUGUGGUUCACUCCCACUGACUGCGGAAAGCAGUUUCACACUGUCUCUACGUUUUGUUUUGUUUUUGUUUUUUCAAGAUAAGGUUUCUCUGUGUAGCCUGUAGACCAGGCUAACCUCUAACUCAGAUAUCUGGCUGCUUCUGCCUCCCAAGUUCUGGGUUGAAAAGCAUGCACCACCUCUGUCCAGCUACUGUAUUUGCUUUUAAACAUGUGUUUCCAAUACAUUUUUUUUUUUUUUGUUAAAAGGAUCUAUUCAAAAUACAAUUACUUGUUAGUCUAGAGUAAGGACCUAUUGUUUGUAAAAUGAGGAAAAUUGUGUCUGGGAACAUGUUCCCGUCAGUGUUUAUAGCUACGUAGGUGUAGAUCACUGAUGGGAUAUACCCCAUGAAACGGACAAAAUUCUGAGUGUGAAGUAAGUGACCCAGAGGGCUGUUUAUUUCCUUAAGUAGUGUAAAGGAGCAGGGAAACUUUAAUGUUUAGGGUUGUACUCAAACUCAGCUUAUGUCACUUACAUCUUCUGUUAUUGUCUGAAUUCCUAUGGAGUCCAUUUAAUUUUGAAAUAACCUACAAUCUCAAUGGGAGAUGCUGUGCAUAACUUUCAGUUUUUCAGUGUUCACUGAACAUGUUAACUGGUGGUAUGAGGUUUUUGAUGAAGUUUCUACAUGGAAAUGACUGAAGUGAAUCAUAGUAGAGCUAUCAUUGUAAGAACAUAUUUCUAUAAGUAGCUCUACUUACAUUUUUUUAAUUAACUUUUAACUUUCAAUGUGGAAGACAUAUUCCCUCACCAUGUUUGGAGAAUAUUUACUGAUAUUUUGUAGAGAAUAAAAGAGAAAUUUAUACAUUCUAUAUUUAUAUCCAAUUUACAGUUAAGCAUACAUUUUGGCAAGAUCAAGAUAUUUCAUUUUGACUGUUGUUCACAAUUGCUAGUUUCCUGAAUCCAGUGUGACAGCGGCAGGAAACACAAAGCAUGCAUCUAGUGGUGAUUUUGAUAAAUACCCCUGUGUGUGGCAUGAAUACACACCAGCUUCUGAUUAUGUUAUGCUCGUUUGUUUACUAGUGGCUAAGAUCAGACACUCAUUAAGAGCUUGGCUGGUCCCCAUUAGAAUGCUAACAGAUAUGUAGCAAAUUAUGGAAAAAUAUUAAAAUUUAGGUUUGUCUUCAAUUGCUAACCUAUAUUUGCAUUUAAAAAUAAGUUGGUCUUUUAUAACCUAAAUGUCUAGUAUCAAUUGAUUAUUUGUGUAAUGAUGAAAAGGUGGUGUAAUGUAUAAUGGUUUCUUAAGGAAUGAGGUAAAAUCAUCUCUUCAUAAUUUUUUAUGUUGGAAAUAAACUUUAUAAAAUCC